AUGGCGGAGGUGGACUUGGUGGCGGUGGUUUUGGAGGUGGACUUGGCAGUGGCGAUGGCGGAGGUGGCGAUGGCGGAGGUGAAGGCGGAGGUGGCAACGGAGGGGGAGGCAAAGGGGGUGGUAAAGGUGGCGGGGAAGGCGGCGGCAAAGGAGGCGGAGGUAAAGGAGGCGGAGGCGAAGGGGGAGGAAAAGGGGGAGAUGACGGAGGGGGAGGUGACGGUGGAGGAAACGGAGGAGGAGACGGUGGUGGGAAAGGGGGAGGCGAUGGAGGAGGAGGAGAGGGUGGAGGAGGGGGGGAUGGAGGAGGCAAAGGACAACUUCCAUCGAGCGUGCACGGAGAUGGAGGCGGUGACGGCGGAGGAGGAGGAGAAGGAGGAGGACGCGGCGGAGGAGAAGGAGGAGGAGGAGAAGGAGGAGGAGGCAAAGGUGGCGGUAGUGGUGGUGGAGAUAGAGGAGGAGGUGAAGGUAGAGGUGGAGGUGGAGGUAGAGGUGGUGGUGAAGGAGGCGGUGGCGACGGCGGCGGCGGCUUUGGAGGUGGCGAUGUCGAGGGAGGGGGGAACGGCGGAUGCAGUGGAGGAGGAAGUGGAGUUGGUGGCGAUGGCGGCGGUUUUGGAGGAACUGGUGGUGGCCAUGGCGCUUGAAAUGGUGGUGAGGGGAUUGGCGACGGUGGCGGGGGUGCGACCGCAAAAUCUUGCCGAGUAA